GUAUUCCAGGCAGCACCAUGGAUGUUCGGCUCCUCCCGCUGGCUCUUGCCAUCUUACUGUCUGCCUCUGGUUCUUCCAGUGCGGAAUUGAAAAUGAUGCUGUCAGGCUGCUGGGUGAAUGAUCUGAAUUCCACAAUGCUGAUCAAUGUGACCAACUCUGGGUUAAUAAGUGGUUUGUACGUAUCCCAUGUGUCAACAUCUGGUGCAACUGUGAAAGGGAUCAUCACUGGGUACCAGCAUGUUCGCGGCGUCUCAACCUUUGGGAUUGUGGUGAAAUGGACCACAGGUAGCAUCACUGUCUGGGCAGGACAGUACUUCCAAACGAAUGAACAUGAGAUUUUGAACACUAUGUGGUUACUCAGGCUAAGUGCUCCGAAUCCAGCAGAAAACUGGAAGGCAACCUGGACUGGGACAGAUGUGUUCCAUCGUGACAGCGAAGCAUGUGUAAACAUCCACAGUGACUCCAUUGCUCAGGGAUCUGGAUCCGGCGCCAGCUCUGAUAACUCUGAUCCGUACUGAAUAUUCCCUGAACCGCGGAGGUCUCACACUCUGUAAUCAUCAAAAAACAGAAUUUGGUUAAAGAA